AAAAUGUCAAACAGUUCUAUCUCCUGUUUACAAACGUUUCCAGAGUGCAUUUCGCAUCAUUUUUAUUACUUUCUGCUUACAUACUUUUUUAUUUAACUAAUUAAAUUGUUCAACCGUUUAAUGAAACAUGCCGAUUUCCUCGGAAGUGAAUCUAGCGGAUGUUUUCUUUAACGAGGAGGACCUUCCCUACGAAGAGGAAAUCCUCCGCAAUGCAUACUCGGUGAAGCACUGGAUGCGAUACGUGGAACACAAACGUAACGCACCCAAAUUCGUGAUAAACACCGUGUUCGAGCGAGCGCUCAAGGAACUUCCCGGUUCGUACAAACUGUGGUACAACUAUUUGAGAACAUUGCGGCGGCAGGUCAAGGGAAAAUGCAUCACAGAUCCGGAGUAUGAGGAGGUGAACAAUGCCUUCGAGCGGGCGUUGGUUUUUAUGCACAAAAUGCCUCGGAUUUGGAUGGACUACUGCUCGUUCAUGACCGGUCAGUGCCGGAUCACGCGCACUCGACAGGUGUUCGACAGGGCGCUUCGAGCCUUACCGAUAACGCAGCAUCAAAGGAUAUGGCCACUGUAUCUUGAGUUUUUGGGAAAAUUUGAUAUUCCCGAAACGGCGGUGAGAGUGUGGAGGAGGUAUUUGAAGCUGUGUCCCGAGGAUGCGGAGGAAUAUGUGGAGUUUUUGACUGGGAUAGGACACCUGGAUGAGGCGGCCCAACAGUUGGCCAGUAUUGUGGACAAUGAAAACUUCGUGUCGAAACACGGCAAGUCGAAUCAUCAACUGUGGAACGAAUUGUGCGAGUUGAUCUCCAAGAAUCCGGACAAAGUUCACUCAUUGAAUGUGGAUGCGAUUAUUCGGGGAGGGUUGAGGCGAUACACAGACCAGCUGGGCCAUUUGUGGAACUCGUUAGCGGAUUACUACGUAAGGAGUGGUUUGUUUGACAGAGCGAGGGAUAUUUACGAAGAGGCAAUCCAAACUGUAACGACUGUGCGGGACUUCAGUCAGGUGUUUGAUGCGUAUGCUCAAUUUGAGGAGUUGAGCUUGAGUAAGGUGAUGGAGGAGAUGGCCAAGAACCCUACCCCCACGGAAGCUGAUGAAAUUGACGUGGAACUAAGAAUGGCUCGGUUUGAAUAUCUAAUGGAACGUAGAUUGCUUUUGUUGAACAGUGUUCUGCUCAGACAGAACCCACAUAACGUUGCAGAGUGGCACAAACGAAUAGAGUUGUAUGAAGGGAAACCUCAUGAGAUAAUCAACACCUACACGGAGGCAGUGCACACGGUGCAGCCAAAGCUGGCCGUGGGAAAGCUGUACACCCUUUGGGUGGAAUUCGCCAAAUUCUACGAAAAAAAUAAACAGUUGGAUGAUGCUCGGAUUGUUUUUGAGAAAGCUGUUCAAGUCGACUAUCUCAAGGUAGAUGAACUGGCCAGCGUUUGGUGCGAAUGGGCCGAGAUGGAAAUUAGGACGGAGAACUUUGAAAACGCGCUGAAAAUAAUGCAAAGAGCAACGGCCAUGCCCAAGCGGAAGGUCGCGUAUCAUGAUGACACGGAGACGGUACAAAUGCGUGUUUAUAAAUCUUUGAAACUGUGGUCCAUGUACGCUGAUUUGGAGGAAUCGUUCGGAACGUUCCAAACUUGCAAGCAAGUUUAUGAUAGAAUCAUUGAUUUGAAGAUUUGUACUCCUCAAAUAAUCAUCAACUACGGUCUGUUCCUUGAAGAGCAUAACUAUUUUGAGGAGGCGUUCAAGGCUUAUGAGAAGGGCAUCUCACUUUUCAAAUGGCCAAAUGUUUACGAUAUAUGGAAUACGUAUUUGACAAAGUUCCUCAAGCGCUAUGGCGGCCAAAAGCUGGAGCGUGCUCGCGAUUUGUUUGAGCAAUGUUUGGACGGUUGCCCUCCAGAACUCGCCAAACACCUUUAUCUUUUGUAUGCCAAACUCGAGGAAGAUCACGGCUUGGCUCGACAUGCGAUGGCCGUCUAUGAACGAGCCACGACCGCCGUAAAAGAGGACGAAGCAUUUGCCAUGUUCAAUCUGUACAUCAAGAAAGCGGCGGAAAUUUACGGAAUACCUCGAACACGACAGAUCUAUGAGAAGGCUAUUGAAGUCCUUCCGGAGGCGCAAUCCCGACAGAUGUGUUCGUUGUUUGCAGAAAUGGAAACCAAACUGGGCGAAAUCGAUCGAGCCCGAGCGAUCUAUGCUCAUUGCAGUCAGAUGUGCGAUCCGCGCAUAACUGCGGAAUUUUGGCAAACUUGGAAGGAGUUUGAAAUCCGCCACGGCAACGAGGACACGAUGAGGGAAAUGCUUCGAAUCAAACGUUCCAUCCAGGCGACGUACAACACCCAGAUCAACAUGAUGUCGGCCACGCUGAUCAAUUCGGCUGUAACGGGAGCCGGUUCGGAACCGCGAGAUGCAAUGCGGGCGUUGGAGGCAAAAGCAGCGGAAACAAGUGCGAGGGCGAUUGCGGCCGUCGGAGCCAGCGGAGGAAACAUCAUGUUCGUCCGGGGGGAAACCCAGGGUGGAUCGAAGAAGGACGACAAGGUGGUCAAUCCGGACGAGAUCGAUAUCGACGAGGAUGAGGAUGACGAAGAGGAAGAGGAUGGAGAUGGGGAGGAGGGCGCCGAGGAAGAGGAUGUCAGCAAGAAAAUGCCUGUUGAGAAGCAAGCCAUUCCGUCGAAGUUGUUCGGUAGUUUGCGACGUGAUGAGGAUGAGCAAGAUGAAGAGGAUGAUUAGAAGAUUACGAUGGUAAAUAAAAGUUGUAUGGAUGAAUUAUAAA